GGAAAAGAAAACAUCAGAAAGUCAAUCUGAUUCGACACGGACGGUCGUAGUUGUAUUUUUUUGUCAUUGAAGUGCAAACAAGAGUUUAAUAUAAAGAAUCGAGCUAUUAAAGUCAAUAAAAAUCAAUCGCCAUCCAAUUUGCUUGCCAUCGACGAAAGUGUUCCUAUCAAGGUCGCGAUUAUGUGGUUUCGGUGGUAAUCGAAUCAAUAGAAACAAACUCGUCCCGUAGAAGGAUCUCAACUAGCCUCGGGAAUCUACAGCCAGUAGACAAAGAGACGGGGUGCGCUGAAGUUUGGGAAGUUCUGCUGACUGAUUAGCAACUUGCAGCACCACCAGCGUUUGGAUAAACCCAAUAUGAACUAUGACGUCCUGCUGAAUCGGACGGGAAUUGGCAGGCUGACGAUUAGCCAACACAUUCGCAGUAUAUCGGAGAGUGAAGGACAACAAUCGUUCCGUCAGCAGCAGCAGCAGCACCAGCAACAUAAUGAAACACCAACGAGGAAGAUAUCAUCCCCUGCGGCUCGAACGGACGCUGGGGCCAGCUUGGGAUACAUCCGUAGCGGCGGUGGCACUCCCGUUCGAACGGGAUGUACUGGGGCGGGCAGUGGAGGAGAUGAGCUCAAAGGCAAGGUUGAGUCCAAGCUGAUGUCCAUGUGGAACAAUGUGAAGUUCGGUUGGAGUGGCAAGAUGAAGACCAGCUUUUCAAAGGAACAGCCACUAUGGUUGCUAGGGCGAUGCUACCAUCAAAAGCCGCUGCCGGGGUCGACGUCGAUGGAGAAUUCGAUCGAGUUAGUCACUGCGGGUGCUGCCACAACGGUUGAGACGAAUCAGAUGGUGUUCGAAAGUGUUGAACGAUCACCGUCGCAGAUAUUCGUGGAAUCACCGCCGGAGGAGACGGGAACCGAUGCAGCCGAGGAGAGCAGUCCCGAAGUAGAAAUGGAGGAUAUUGAAGCGUUCAAGCGGGACUUCGUUACUCGACUUUGGAUGACGUAUAGGAAAGAGUUCCAGACUAUGGACGAUUCAAAUUACACAUCCGAUUGCGGCUGGGGAUGCAUGAUUCGUUCAGGACAAAUGCUGCUGGCGCAGGGUUUGCUGGUCCAUUUUCUUGGUCGGAACUGGCGCUGGGAUGCUACUGCAGAAAAUCUAAAAAUGAAUUACAAUUCCCUCAACUACGAUGAUAACAUCCACCGGAAGAUAAUUCGUUGGUUUGGGGAUACUUCCUCAAGGACAAGCCCCUUCUCAAUUCACACCUUGGUCGCCCUUGGUAAGGAGACCGGAAAGAAGCCUGGGGAUUGGUACGGGCCUGGAUCGGUUGCUCAUCUACUAAGGCAGGCUGUAAAAAUAGCGGCCCAGGAGAUAUCUGACCUCGAUGAGAUCAACGUCUACGUCGCUCAGGACUGUGCCGUUUACAUUCAGGACAUUAUUGACGAAUGUACAGUCCCCACUGGACCCACUGUAGCCCCCUGGCAGAAAAAAUUAACCUCCGCUAACAAUUCGCCAUCCUCCUCAUCGUACACUGGUCACAGCACCACAGUUCCUAAUACAGCCAGCAAUAGCACGUCAACCGCCGAAACCGCAUCGUCUGCUGAACACUGGAAAUCUCUUAUCCUCCUCGUACCGCUACGCCUCGGAGCGGAAAAGCUGAAUCCCAUCUACAACGAUUGUUUGAAGGCAAUGCUCAGCUUGGAAAAUUGCAUCGGAAUUAUCGGUGGCCGACCGAAGCAUUCGCUGUAUUUCGUCGGUUUCCAGGAGGACAAACUAAUCCACCUGGAUCCGCACUACUGCCAGGACAUGGUGGACGUGGUGAACCAGGAGAACUUUCCGGUUUCGUCGUUCCACUGCAAGUCGCCCCGCAAGAUGAAGCUGACCAAGAUGGACCCGAGUUGUUGCAUCGGGUUCUACUGCGGUUCCAGGAAGGACUUCUUCAAGUUUGUCGAUAGCGUGAAGCCGUUUCUUCAACCGGCGAAACCCCAGAUGAGCAGCAGCUUCACCAGUUCGACCGGUCUGGCACAGUUUCCCGAGGUAACGUAUCCGAUGUUCGUGUUCUGUCGCGGCAAGAGCAGCGAACAGCAGAUAGAACUGCCGUCGCGAUCGUUCUACCGGACACCUCCUCCGGCACCGCCACCCCUUUCGGCUAAGGGUGGAAUCUCUCAGUCGCUGCAUCUGCCUCAACCGGACGACGAUGACGAUGACGACGACGAAUCGAUGGAAUUUGUGAUUUUGUAAAACGAGCGACGCGGUUCGCCUGCGGUUUCUUUUUUUUUGCGUCAGGUAAGGAGUGUCUUUUCAUCCAAAACUUUUAUGCAGCGCACAUUCCGACACCCCUUCGCCAUUCGAACGUCAGUGCAAAAAGGAGGCUUCCCUCCAUCCCUGCAAGUGAUUUGGUUCCCACUGCUUCCAAAAGAGAUGGCUGCUAGCAUAAGAAUGAAUCGAUGGUUUCGGGUGGCUUUUUACUUCAUUAAAGUUGACAGCAUCGCACAACUGUGACAUCGAUGGCGCAGAAACCUUGCUGCCGCGAGAUGAAAUAAGAAAAUCACCCGAAGCAGAUGAUUAACUAGAACAUGUAAUAUUUAAUAACGGUAGUUUGUACUUACAAUAGCAAAUUGAAUAUUGUGUUAAAGCGAUUAUGUAUUACACACAUAUCUCAUCAAAUUGUUUGGCUAGCCUCAUUGGUUGAUGAAUGUUUGUGCUCGAGAUUAAAAUAUAACGAACCUUGGGCUAUGGGAGUAGGACAGCUCCACUUUUUUUUUGUUUUAACAACAUUCUUCAUAUGAACAAAGCUUUAUUUUACCCGCAUACGAAUAUUUAUUUUUUUAUAUUUAUGUCGAAAUUAAUUGUUACGUACUUUUGCUCUAAUGAUGCAAUGCAGGUAGGAAACUUCAUCAUGUCAAAAAAAAGCUAAUGUAGUAUAUAACAAGAAAGGUACAUUCACGCAAUAGUUUGGACGUUUACAAACCUGGAAAAUCGCUGCUUCUGACUGAGCUAAAUGUCAAAUGUGUUUGCGUGGCAUGUACUGAUACAAUAGGGAUAAAGUAGACAUACUGAAUAACCACAAUAGCUACUCUUGUGCACCGGUGAAAUAUCUCAUGAAAAUGCUGUAAAUUGUGACUGCAACAAUAUUCAUUAAAUUAUCUACAAUUUGA